AUGUGCAUGAUUGACAAGCACCUGUCCCAAGGUCUCAUCUUCAAGAUAAUACGCUUCCUACCGAUUCAAGAACGGUACGUUUCUUUCGUCAAGACCGAGAAAGAGAUGGCCGUGCGACUGGCGCAGCACCUGCGCCAGAGAAAGAAAGAGCACCGCGAAGAUCUCGCCGCCCAGAAGAAGGAACGUCAGUACCUCGGACGACGAUUCCAGUCCCGCCAGAGAAUUAAAGAUAUCGGCACAUUCAUCACGGAUUCACUGCACGCCACUUCUGGCAACCUCUUCCAGUCCAAGCCCCGCGGCGAGCAUCAGAAUCCCGUUACCAAGAACGAGGACAACAACUGGAAGAGCUUGGACACUAUCAGCGCAGAGCUUUCAAGCUUUGCAGACUUGGGCACCUUGUUCCGCAAAAACCGUCGCCAUCAUGGAGAGAAGUACAUUCGCUCGCAGCUCUUCGGUAUAACGGUCCAGAACAAGGGAGAUCUCGAGCCGACCUACGACAAGGACGACGAUGAGCCCAUGGAGGUGCGAAAGUACUUCUGUUACGUUAAUCUCACCAAUAAGGUGGCGUCCACGAACAUCUCCCUGUUCCUGGCCCCCGUUGCCCCCCUGGAACUGUGGCUCUGCGGCCGCAUAGACAACUGCACCAAGAAUGCUCGGUACGGCGCCAACGAUGUCAGCAUUGUCGUGUGCACCAUCGGUCCGGUCGACAACUUCGAGAUGUGCAUCCGCUCCUGGCUCAACAACAACCCUCUGGAGCUGAUCUUCGUGACCACCGACGACAAACCGAUGGCAGCCAGCAUCGUUCUCUUUUCUGUCAAGGAGGUGAACCAGGGAGUGCAGAUGAUCGAGGGCAUCAACGCCGCUCGUGGCACCCCGGUCGCGACCGUGGAAGAUCACAUCCUGUGGCCUGACACCAGCUUCGAAUACAUCGAGGCUACGAGACCUAGUCCAGCUGGCAGAAGAGAUGAUGUCCAUGCAGAGCUUCAUCCAGACCGAGAAGUGUGCGCUCCCCCCUACUCCAGUCCGAAAGGCUCCGACAGCGGCGGAAACGGUCCGAAGCAGCGUUGGGCGUGCCUCCGGACUGCGAGCACCUGGCUCCGUUAA